AUGUCAAAUCUGUGUAGAGACGAUUUCGAUUCGGGUCCUAAACAUGUAUUUUCUAUUGAAGACGGUCUAUGGCUAGGAAACUUAACAGCUGCCAUAGAUUUAACGUUUUUACGAAGCAACGGAAUUAACUAUAUAAUAACAGUGGAUUCUUGUCCAUUGCCAGAAAUUAUAUUAGAUUUGAGAGACAUUAAUGUUAAAUAUAUACAAGUUACCGAUAUGGAUGGAGAAGAUCUUUUAAGCCAUUUUGAUGGUGCAUAUGAAUUUAUAAAAAAAGGUCAAGAAAAAAGUUCUGUUCUUGUGCAUUGCUAUUAUGGAAUAUCCAGAAGUGCGUCAAUUAUAACAGCGUAUAUUAUGAAGAAGUAUAAAAUUAGUUUUGAUGACGCUUUCCAAAGAGUUAAAGUUAAAAAUGCAGCUGCAUUGCCAAAUAUUGGUUUUCAAGCACAACUUAGUUUGUAUGAAACUCUGGGAUGGAAAAUUGACAAAAACAAUAUGCAAUUUAAACUGUUCAGACUGAAAAUAGCUGCUAGAAAAGUAAAAAAAGUUAAAAUAUUGCCACAAGACUGUAUUGACGUUAUUAAAGGAGACCCAUCUCUAAUAUGUGCUAGACCAGAUCCAAAAGUUUAUCGAUGCCGUAAAUGCCGAAGGAUUUUAGCUUUACAAUCAAAUGUAUUACCCCAUUAUAUCAAUGAAAAAUUGUCAUGGAAAGAUUCAAAAUUAUCUUCAGAUGAUUCAAGCUCUCAACUAUGUUCAGACACAAUAUUUGUUGAGCCAAUGACUUGGAUGUCAGUGAGCCAAUCUGAAAGUGGAAAGAUCAACUGUCCAAAAUGUCGAUCUAAACUUGGCUCAUAUAGUUGGACAAUGGGAUGUCAAUGUCAAUGUGGUGCCAAAGUAUCUCCAGCAUUUUAUCUUGUGCCAUCUAAAAUAGAUUACAGUGGAUUUUUGCAAAAUGUUCAGGCUACCGUUUGA